AUGUUCUCUGGGGAGGAAACAGCCGCCUUUUCCAAAGACAAGGCCGGCGGCUCGCCAGCGCAGCCCACCCCAGAGCUGAGCAUUUUUCAGUCCCUCCUCAGCCCCAGCUCGAUUCACGGCGGUAACGUGAGCCAGCUCAGCCUCUCGUCUGCGGUGAGGAUGCUACCUACCGAAGAGGGCCCAUCGACCAGCGAAGCCAACGACCUCCACCACCACCAGCAGCAGUGCCAUAAAGACAGCGGCGGUGACGGCAUCAUUGGCAGCAAAGAUACAAGCAGUGGCCAUAAUGACGCCGGGAGCGCGGUGAGCAGAGGUAGUAGCAGCGGUGGUGGCGCUCAUGACGCCCCGGUGAAGGGCCGACCCAGCGCCAUUGAAGGAAAAUGCGCCGAUGCGAAUUUCUCUUUAGGCCGCCCGCAAAGCGGUGGCGGUCAGCCACAGCAUGCGCAACCGAUGCCGGAGGACCCGCUAGCAAUGGCCUCUUUGUUAAGCUACCACGGCGCCAGCGGUGACGAGCAAGACGAGGAUCGCAGCGAUGAGGACGGUGGUCGCCUCCACUGUCGAGCCCCUGUCGCUCCUUUCGGCAGCGUCGAGGAGGGUGGUGGUGCGGAUGAUGUGGACAAUGUACAGCCCGGAUCGCCUUUGCGGCACCGCCGCAACUGCCUGCGCGGGCCCCCUAUCGCAGCGGUCAUGACGCCGGAUACAGUAAGCGGUCGAGGAGUCGUCGGUGAACGUAGCUCAAGCAUGAGGCUGCUGAUAGCGCAAGAGGACCCACCGCUACUUCCUCACCAGCGACGCCGGCGCUCCGUCCCGAAGGACAGCAUCACCCUCAGCUCCACCCCCUCAAACAGCUCUGGGGACGAGAGGGAAGGUCAGGGAUUGGAAGCGGCACAGGGACGGCGGCGCGCUGGCGAGGGUGCUGAUGACGCGUCGUCACUGCUGCCGAGCACGUUGGAAUUGCCGGAUUACAUACCGAGCAGCGCCCUUCCCUGCCCUCGCGCCGCCUGCGACGUGAAGGACAACGUCAGCGACACUGACGAGGACAGCGUCCAGAGCGCCUCCAGCUCACUGCACUCGUCGCCGCCCGAUGUCACGCUGUGGGGCGUCGAUGGUGGCCUCCGCCGCAAGCGCAUAAAGAAGGUAAGCCACUACAUCCUCGGCCCGCUGCUCGGGGAGGGCAACUACGGCGUUGUACGCGACUGCAUCGACCUGAGCACAGACAACGCCGACCGGCGGUUCUCGCGCUGCGCCAUCAAAAUAGUAAGCGGCAACUACGCCAAGCUCAGCACACCCACAGCGAAGCUGAGCAAGGCGUCGUCAACGUCGCCUGCCAAGACUGAGGACGGCAACGACAACGGCCAUGGUCGUCACAGCCACAGUACUGACCGUGGUGCUCUUGCAGGCCCACUGAAACGCACGUCUGGCAUGCAAUACCGCCGCGAGGAGGACUUGAAGCGGCAGGAAACAUUUCUGCGGGAGAUGCGCAACCUCCAGCGUUUCCACAGCAAGAACAUCAUCCGUGCGCUUGACACCUUCACGCGGUACAGCAAGGAGUAUGUCGUGAUGCCGAUCGCCAUCUGCAACCUGCGACAACUGGUCCAGCAGCUGCUACGCACGCGGUGGCGUGAGGCGGUACGGGAGUGGCGGCGAGCGCAGCGUGGGCUGCAGCGAAGUCUACGGCACAAUCAAAGCAUUGGGGCACCUGCGGCCCACGGCGAUCACGUACAGCCACAGCCCCAACAGUCAUUGUGGCUUCCCAUGGUGCCUUCUGCGGUGGAGGAUUUGGAUGUGGACAUCAUCACCUUUAUGGCAGACGCCGCGCGCGGUGACGGUGAGGACACCGAUGGUGUCUCCGCAAGUCGGUCGCGCGGCAGCAGCGAUGAUGACGACGCCGCCGCUGGUACUUGGGACAGCAAGGCGAACGUGAUCUGUCAUGACGAUCGGCAGCGGCGCCACUGCGGCUCCAUCACCACAACGCACACAAUCAACCGCUGUACAGACCGCCUCUAUUGGGUGCACACCUCCCAGUCGCCGCAGCAGCCAUCAAGUGGACCUCGCCCGACCUUCGCCGGGGGCCACCACCACCACCACCACCACAGCGACGGCGAUGAAAGUUGGGAGGAUGACAUCAGCGACGGAAGCUCCGUGAGUACGACGGGAACGACCAACUCCAUCGCGGUCAUAAGUGCGACACCGCGGGGGCUGUCGGCAGCCAAACCCCCAGUAGAGUGUGACAACUUCGUCGACCGUAGCGCAACCAGCGCAGGCUCCAACGGCACUGAGGGCCGCCCGACAGCCACCGCGCCACCGGGACCGGGCGCCUCCACGCUGCACAGCCGGCCACACAUGUCGCUACCCACGUGCUCGCCAACGCUGUUGAAGGGCAUCUUCUACCAGCUCAUCUCCGGCGUUGCCUACCUACACCAGCAGCACCUGGCGCACAACGACAUCAAGCCGUCGAACGUGCUUCUUUUCGAGGACGGUACCGUGAAGCUGGCCGAUCUCGGCAGCGUCAGCGACACGUACAACGACCAAGGCUCUCCCCUCUUUGCUUCACCGGAGCUGUGCAAGUACUUCUACGGCGCCACAACGCCACCAGCGUCGUUUUCGAAGUCGCCACAGCACGUUGGGCGAGACGCGGCGCAGUCCAGUGACAUGUGGUGCUGCGGGCUGAUACUCUACUACCUCAUCACCGGAAAACCUGGCCCGCUGCCGGUGCAGUUGCGAUACUUUCGUAUGCUGAACAACAAGCAGACGCAUCAGCAGCUUCGGCCCUUCGCGCUGCACGGCGACAAGGACGACGCGAGCGACACACACACCGACCAAGCUUCCUUGCCGCCCGUUGUGACCCGCUACCAGCUUUACCGCGAGAUUGCGCAGCAGACGACGCCGGUGAACCUCAGCGACCUGCCAGAUAUGGUGCCACCGGACGUGUGCGAUGACAUGCUGCUCCCUGACACACCGACAUUGAACACAGUGGAGGCAUCAGAAGGUGACUCCGAGCGCGAGAAAGCGAUGCUGCCGUACCCGCCCAACAGUGUGCGGCAUCUCCUGGCAAGACUCCUCGAUCUCGACCCUUUACGCCGCCUUACCGCCGAGCAGGCACUCCGCCACCCGUGGCUGCGCAUAGCCUUCCGCUCCAAGAUGAGUGCAACAAGCAGCAGCAGCAGCAGCAGCAGCGGACAUCAGCAGCAGCAACAGCAGCAGCGCAAGCCGCCGUCGAAGCAGGCCAUGGAAGAGGCCAUUCAGCGUGAUGUGGCGCGUCGUGUGAUGGAGUCGCGCCACGUUCAGCACAUGCUGCGCCGGGAUCGCCAGCGGCACCUUCAGUUCGUCGCGGACUGCUGCAACAUGCUGAACCUGCAAAUACCACCAGAGAUCAUUAAGGCGCACGCGGAGGAACCCUACCAGGAAGCCGACGGCGACCGCGUACGUUUCUCUUCACCGCCGGCGCCGCAGGUCCAUCGACCCAACUCACUGGCCGCUGCGGCGGCCGCUGUUUCUGGGCGUAGCACCCACCAUGGAGCGCGCUACACCGACGCGAACACGCAGGGACUGCGUGACGACACUGGCGGCAGCGAGUGGUCUGUUACCUCGCUCAACAACAGCGCGGCAACCGUGACGGGGGUGGUCCUUCGGGAUAGCAUGCGACCACGCGUCAUGCCACCCGGGUGCAUCGACACAAAGCUGUUCCUCCCGCCCUCGGAGGAGGACUACUAUGAGCAGAAGAGCGGCAAGGCAGAGUUUGACGUGCGGGUGCUGCGCCGCAAGCCGCUGCUGAUGGCGCAGCUCGACGAGUACUUCCACAACGUCGUGCUCGUGCAAUGUGGGUACCGCACAGGACCGGAUCCAAACUACCAGGUGAUGCGCUUGCGGGCCGUGCCUAUCGAGGAUGAGAACGGUGGUGGCAGUGGAGGGUGUCGAGGAGGCGCCCAACAGCCAGCGGUCAUGAUCCUUUCAGGUGCCAAUGGAGGCCUCUAUCGUCGCAGCCCGCCCGUAGGGCCAUCAUCGAUGCCGCCAGCAGCGGCACUGGCAGCGACGCGGCCCCACUACUACGGCACUGACGGCGCGAACCGCGACGGCAGGUCUACGGAGGUAUGGGGUGCCGGUCUUCACCGCAACCCGGGCGCCCACGUAGAGGGUCGCGGUGUAGCGACUGCGGCCGCCUUCUCAGCCGGCGCAGCGGCAGGUCGUAGAGCCAAUGUGUCCGGAGCAUGCAUCGUGACUGGUCAACCGCUGAUCGACACAUCCCUGUCCGGUGCCGCAGCGGCAGCGGCGGCAGAAGCCUCUGCCAACCGGGCGGCCGCGCAGUCGCGGGCAUCUGCUGCAAGCGGCACUGGCAAUGGGGCUAACGAUGUUGUCAGUUCUUCUGUCCUCUGCUAUGGCAGUGGCAGCACAGGGAGCGGAGGUAGGCAUCGUGCGGCCGGCAGAGGUCACAGGCGCGGUCAGCGCGACGCCAGCGAGUCCCAGUCGGAAGGGGAAACCAACGUUGCCAUGCGUGAAAGCUCCAAGUGUCUGUGCGGACUAGUGUGA